AUGGACAGGAUUAUGAAUCAAACAGACUCAGUUAAACAGCGGUACAGACUUUUGGCAGACAGAAAUCGAUGCUGGAUCUUUGGUGUGCUCCUGCUGAUAAAAACAGUGUCUUUGCAGGAGAUUGAAGGUGUAACAGGAGAUUCUGUCAUACUUAAAUGUGCAAACAUCAACAAAUCACUGCAGGAUACAGUCCGUGUGUUCUGGAGAUACAGGGAUAGUAAAACUGUGUACAACAUAAUCAAUGGAACAGAGAAGUUGGGUGAACAGGAAGCAGCGUUCAGAGGCAGAGUCCAGGGUUUCCCAGAAGAGUGGAAAAAAGGCAAUUUCUCCAUCAGACUGAACAAUGUGAUGAUGUCUGAUUCAGGACCGUACAGCUGCUUCAUUCCUCAACUCCACCAUCAUACAAAACUACAGCUAAAUGUUAAAGAUUCUGUUCCAGAUUUAACACCGUCACUUAAGCUGAACCACAGAAACGGUCUAACACAUCUGAAGAGCAACAGUAUCUUAAACAGACCUGGAAAACACAUUAUUUUCACUGUGACUUUUUUGGGACUUUCUUUAAGACCAUAUGGGCUUGUUUGGAUGUGUACUACAUCGAAGUUCUUCAUUAGAAAGCGCAUGCAGUUGUGA